GGGAGACAGAGAGAGAGAGAGAGGUGUAACUGAAGGUUGGGAGUGAACGCUGAGGGAACGUUUGACUACUGUUGUGUGGAUUGAACAUUCAGAAAAAGAACACUGACAGCAACAGAUCUGAGCAACUGAACAGUGCAGUAUAAUGUCUAAAGGUCCACAGGACUCCAAUAUGGAGCAGUUUCGGCUGCAGAGGAGAGGAGAACACCUGCCAUAUCAGAUUUUCCCGGAGCCAUCAGAGCAGGUGUCAGGUGAGCAGUUGUCAGGCGGAGCGGCGCGGUGUAUGGAGCGUCUGCCAUCUAUUGUGGUGGAACCGUCAGAGGAAAGUGAAGAGAAGAGCGGAGAGCUGCUGUGGACUCUAAAGACACAAAACUCCAUCGAUGAAGAGGAAGACCCUUUCCAAGAUCACUGUUACCCCAACAACACCCAUCAGGGCGAGCAGUGUGACAUGGACGGAGUUCCUCUCUGUAAGCGUUCAUCGUUACCUGGCGCAGGUGUACUGAUGGACUACAGCCGACUGACUCCACCCCCUUCACCUACAUCAUCAGACGCAGCUCCGCCCUAUUUCCGAAGCUGAACGCUGUAUUUACACUUAUUCAUUAUAAUGCUGCCCACAGAUAUCAAAUACUGUAUCUGUGUUGUGUAUUUUGAUAUCAAGGAAAACAAAAGAUUUGAUUGGAUGAAAACAAUAUAAAUGACUAUUUACGGCGUGACUUUAUUUUAGAAAGUCUCUUGUGUGUCAUAUAUAUUUACAUGCAUAUGGUCAUGAAUUUUGAGUGAUGUUCCCAUAUACUGAAACAUAAUGACUUACUGCUUAUCUCAUUUGAACAGAUGCAGAAUCACACACUCCACUGCCUUGACAUUUAUACAACAUAAUUAUGUAUGGACCGUAGAAAAAGGAAGUGUGGUUUAUCUCAUUGUAUCACGGUUAAUAUGUGUUAAUUAAUACUUUAUUUGAAAUGUUAUUUUUGCACUCAGUUUGUGUUUUGAAUGUGAAAAUGAGUGAUUUGUCACAGAGAAUAUCUUUCCUACGCAGCUGAUUUUGCCCAAUAA